GGGAGAACGGAGAGACCCAUUUAUAAGAAUAAGAAAAUGAGGCGGAACUGAUUGAUUCUAAUGCAGCUUGAAAAUGAGUGAUUCAGAGGAUCCCGAGCUGGAGGAAGAGCUUCAGGCUGCUGACGAACUCCUUCAAGAUAUGCAGAAUGAUGCACAGAGUGAACCUCAGCCAAGACCAGUGCGCUGGAAAAAACGUGACAGACAGGGAGAGUUUAUUCCUCAAAGGCCAUCAACCAGUCGAAGUACUACUUGCAUGCCAGGUGUGUCCAGAGAUCAGCAUCAAUGUCCACGUGAAGAAACUAGUUAUGUUACCAGUGUCAACCCAACAAAAGUGUAUGGAACUGAGGUGCUUCGUCAGGAGCUCCUUCAGUUGUUGGAGGAUGGAGAAGAGGACGCAGCCAUGACUUGUGAGACGUCGUCUGAGUCAGCUGCUACUCACUGGGCGAUCAGAAAUAUGGUGUCCUCGCAAAAGUGGAAAGAGGCCAGGCCUUGUCUUAUAGACAAUAUGUUAGCUACUCUGGAUCCACAGUCACACCGUGUGUGUCAGUGUGGCAAACAAGUAGUUGUGAGGUGUCUGGACUGCCUGCCUCUUCCAUUCCUUUGUGCUGACUGUGAUAUUGCAGUUCACACACGCUUUGUCCUGCACAACAGAGAGGCAGUAACAGGAGGGUUUUUGCAGCCUUCAUCAGAGUUUCACAAGCCAAUUGUUCGGCUGUUGCCUGUCCAAAGGCCAGACCAUGUGUGUGACUGCCCAGCAGGUAACGUUGAGGUUUCACCCGGCUCAAUUGUGGCUCUUGUAACCAUAAAUGGCCGUUAUAACCUUGCACUGCCAGUGGUGAGAUGCACCAGCUGUGGCCUAAUGUGGUCCCCCUCAGUUAAGGACAUCCUGGGUAGUGGAUAUUGGCCUGGCACCUUAAAUUUCUGCACCCUGUUUUCAAUGGAUGUCUUUCAGUCUUUCUAUGACAUUAAGAAGGCUGCACCAGGGAUGUCACUUAAGGCAUUUGUCAAAAUGCUGGAUGAACGAACAGCCCAUUUUGGAAGGACUGGCCGAAUAUCAGCUGAUGCCUUCAGUAGAAGUUUCUUGGAGUGGAGUGCUGUAAAGUUUGAGGUGGACAGGAUGUGCAAGGAGCCAUGCUUUAGCUGCCCUGCCUGCACUCCAGACAUGCUUGCCGUCUCAGUUGAUGGAAACCGUAAGCUUUAUCGCUUUCAAUCUAAUGCAAGCACUUCAGAGCAGGGGAACUUUGAAGGUGUCUUCGUUGAAAAAGAUGAGGACGUUGCUGAGUUUGUGAAAUACAUCCAGAGACAUACAAAUCAUGUCCCGGGGAAAGGGUUGUGCGGAUCUUCAUCUUGGACUGCAGCAAAGGAGUCGUCCAAAAAGUCCACUGGGAAGUUGGAUGAAGAGGGCAUGGAAAUAGCUGUUUGUCGCCACGGAGUCCUCUUAGCUGCAUUGAACAUGUUUCGAGGGGAGAUCUUUGCUUACCCCCUUUUUCUCCAGAGGAAGUUGGCAGCUAACGUCCCAGGACAUAUUACGUUCCUUUGCUCCGAUGUGGCCUUUAAAUAUUUCCCCUAUUUAACCAAGGUGGCUCAGCAGUGCCCUGAGCUGAGGAACCUCUUGUCAAUGCGUCCUUUUCUCUCCGUCAUGCAUGCAAAGGCUCACACUUGGAAAUGCGAGAUCAAAUGGGGAGGUGCGUUUCAGGAUGGGGCCGGUUCAACAGUUGGAGAAGAGGUGGAACAAGUAAACAGUUUCCUGUCUAGGGCGGCCAUCACAACGAAGUACAUGUCUAAAGCAGGGCGAACAGACAUGCUGACCCUCCUGGCUUUGGGUUGGAACAAAAGGAAAGUGGAACAACUGGGCCGCACUUUGAGCCAGAGAUAUCUCAAGAUCAUAAGGAUCCUUAGAGAACAAGUGGAGAGCCUGAAUGCGACCAAAAAUGAGCUGGGUGUGGAUGACGACACACUGCAGCAAUGGGUGGCCGAUGUGCAGAAAUGGGCUGAAGAAACUGAUCAAACUGAUGGCAGCCUUGGAGCGUUGCAGGCACGCUUGUCGUCAUCAUCAGAGUGCGAACACAAAGUCUUUACAGACAAAAUGGUACGUCCCAGUUUCUUUGAAAUGGACCAUAGCAACAAGAGGCGACACAGAAUUCGCAAGGUCAUCUUAGAUGAGAAGAAACGCUUGGCGGCUGCUGUUGACGACUACAACAAGCUUGCUGAACCAACAAAGCAAAUCGUAUCCAGUGAUGCCCUCAUCCAGACCGACAUUUGGCCCUGGCAGAGCACAAGUGAACCUGCUGCAGACCUCCAGACAAAGAGAAAGGUCUUUGAGAAGGUGAUGGCUGUGAGGCGCCUGAGAGAGGAGGAGAUGAUCCUUUGCAGGGAGAUGCGGCAUCACUGGACAGUGUUGCGAAUGCGAUCUGUGGUGUUGGGGACAAUUUCCUCAGACUCCUCCCUUGUUGGCAUGUCGGCGGAUGCACAGAAGGGACUCCAUAGCCUGGUUUUAAAAAAACAAAGUGAACUGAAAGCUGAAAUGCUCAAAGUAAAGGACAUGUACAAGAGAAUCCUCAGCUACCAACCACUCCUGGAAAUGGACUCGGAGGAGGAGGAAGACAUUCCAGACGAUGCCACUGAGAGUGAUUUGAGCACUUCUGAUGAAGACUGA